AGUGUUUGUGGAACCGUCGCGGCCGUUCGUCGUAGCCUGCUGCUGGGUGCUGCCACGAGACUUCGGCUUUUCUCCGCGUUCGGUCAGCCGCGCGCGGCCGUCGAAGUGACCUGGUGUAUACAGUGUGUGUUGGUAGUCUUGCCGUGCACACCAUACAAGCAGCAGCUCUCGGUGUGAGAUUUCGCGGGUUUGUUUUCAUCGAAGCAGGCUAUCGCGUUUGCUUCUUUUCCUUUCAUCGUAGUGUGCGAGUGGUGUUUUAUUUCGCGAUUUUCGGAUUAUAUGACAAGCGGCAAGCGGUCGCACGUUCCGAUAAUUGUCACAACACACAACAGUAGGAAUAAUAACAACAACAACAACACAAUCAAAGCAGUCAAGUGCGCGCGUGGUGAAAAAGAGAAGAAAAGAAAGAAGAUUUCCUCAAAAGGUGCUGCUCCCUCCGCUCUCUCUCCCUCCUUCCGGGUUUCCCCUCUUGCUUCUCGGUGUGCUUUCAGGCCUCUCGUGUCGUUUGGAGUGUUUUGAUUUCGCGAACGCCCGUGUCUCUCUUCCUGGUCCUGGUGUUUGUGUGUCACGUCCAACACGAUGCAAUUAGCACUACUAAUGGAUACUGCUAGCAAUCGGAGCAGAAGAAACUGUCAACAAGUCAACAGAAAUUAACACCCAACUCGAAGAUCUGUGCGCCGGCGCGCACACAACAGUGAACCAAGAGAGUCUAACAAAACAUAAACAAAGCACACAACCGCCUGAAGUUCCGGUAAAGAAACACGUGACGCGAUGACGACCGCGGCUUCUGCACCGCUGCACAGCAAUACGGCGGUGGCCACGACGGCUGCGGUGGCGGCCACGACACAGGUGGCCGCCACCCAGACCCGGAGCAACCGGCGCAAGGUGAAGGACUUUAACGACAGCAUCACCUGCACGCUGUGCAGCGGCUACCUGAUCGAGGCUACCACCGUCAACGACUGUCUGCACACUUUUUGCCGGUCAUGCAUCGUGCGGUACUUGGAGUGCAAUAAAUACUGUCCAAAAUGCAAAUCGUACAACAACAAAACGAUCACGGUGGCUAAUUUAAGGCCGGAUCGCAUCCUAAAGUCCCUGGUGUACAAGCUGGUCCCGGGGCUGUACAAGUCGGAAAACCAAAGAGUCACCAGAUUCUACUCGGACCAGUUUCCGGAGCCGGGCUCGCCCGGCGGCACCCGGAAGCUGUCCCCCGAGCAUGGCCUCCUCGAGGACCAGAACUUUUUCUCGCCGGACGAGCUCAUCAGCCUCUCCCUCGAGUACCACUACGAGUCGAUUGCGGACUACGACCCGAAGCGGACCCAGCUGCCGGUCACGUACCUGCACUGUCCGGCGGCCGUCACGAUCCACCACCUGUAUAAGUUUAUCCUGACGAAGAACGGGCUGCAGGUGGACAGCGACCGCAUCCAGGUGGACAUCAUCUACGAGGACGAGAUUCUGCCGCACGAGUUCACGCUGAUGGACGUGGCGUACUGCUUCGAUUACCGCCGGGUUUCCCCGAUGCGGUUGUUUUAUCGGAUAUUUAUCCACCCGACCGCAAAACCGACGGCCACCACCACCACCACGCACAGCGUCGGUGGCAGCAGCGAUAAAAAUAGCAACGCAAGCAACAACAACAGCAGCAGCGAACGCGACGCUAAUAAUAGCGCAACGAGCAACGGCAAGCCGCCGUCUAACCUCAACGAAAGUCAAGGUAGUGCAGAAUCGUCAUCGUCGACGUCUCCGUCGACUUCGUCACCGGGAAAGGGUGUUGCAGCAGUCGCAGCAGCCGCCACCACCGAUGACGUUUCUGGUGGAAGAGUAGGCGAAGUGGAGAGUGUCAACGGUAUUGUAAACAGUGCGACAGAUGAGCAACCGCUGCUGUCAGUGAGGCCCAGUGAAAACAAACCGGUGGAGGCUAGUGGAAGUAACAGUUACAAGUCAGUAGAGAGUAAAUACGAUAGCAAAUUGAUAAUUACCAAAACAAGCAGCACUCGAGUGGAUAAAGGUGUGGGUGAGAGGCAGGAAAAAGAGCCGAUCAAGUUGGUGUUGGUGUCGAAGAAAAGUGAUAAAAACAGUUCGAAGUUAAUCUACUCGAAAAGUGAACCCAAAUCGAGUAAAUCUCCCUCGUCGUCGUCGCCGACCAGUCCCGGUGACUUUAAGCGACUUCGCAGCAGUGAUAUCCGAUACAGUGACUACGAAACGGCGUCGACGUCGUUUGCGUCAAGCAGCAGCAAGAGUGGAACCGUUCCGGGCGAUGAUUCGACGAGAAAAUCCGAGUCACACAGUGCGAAGAAACAUAAUAAAAUAAAUAAUGAUUAUACCAGUGCAGGCGAUUCCAGCGGGAAAAAGUUCCCCGGAGACAAUAGUCGGAACAAAACGAACGGCAGCAAUGCUGCCAGCAGGAAUGGGGCCAACGACGCCGCACUGGUCGAGUCGGCAAAAAGCAAGCAUGAAAAAUCCAAAUCUUCUCCGCACCGGAGCGAAAGCAACGGGUCUGCGGUGGCGAUAACGGCAUCUACCGGUGCCACCACCACCACCACAGUGGAGAAGAACGAAAAGUCAUCCGAGUUAAAGUGCUACGUGAACCUGAAGAAACAAACGGUCGUUUCGCCCCUGUCAGCGGAAGCGUCCAGCGCAAAUCGCAAACUCGAAGUUCCUAAACUGAAAAUAGAGCUACCUAGUCUGAAGACGAAAAUCUCCAUCCCCAAACAGGACAACAGCGAACGGUCCCCAAAAUCGGCGCACUCGUCCUCGACCUCCUCCUCCGCCGCGACCUCACCGACCGCCUCCACAUCGUCCACCUCUGGCAAGUCUCCAAUAUGGCCGCCGAAGGCGGACGACAAACCCUCGGCGCCGGAUGUCAACUCGAUCGGCAUCGAGGAGUACGCAAAAACAAUUGGCCUCAAACCGGUCUACAAGAGCGGCUCCGAGCCGGGCGAGUGGAAAAAGAAAAAGAAGAGCUCGACCUCUUCCUCCCCAGACCCAUUCGCCUCCUCGCACCGCAAGCGCAAAAAGGCCAAACACUCGAAAGAGGCGGGCAGCGGCGGCAAACGGAGGAAAUUACACGCCGAAAUUUCCUCCCAGCACGAGCUGUCCAGCCUGAAAAUGAAGGUCAAACUCACCGAAAAGCCCUCGAAGCACGAGCGCAAACCGAGCGAGGAAGUCGCGUCGUCGACGGCGAAACAGAGUGCGGAAGUUGGCCCGUCAUCGUCCGCGGCACCGGUCACAACAAAGGCGGACGACCCGAAGGUGAUUGACAUUACGAAGGGUGACGAUGAUGAUGAUGUAAAAAUAAUCGAACAGCCUACGCCGGCUCCGCCGGCAAUUUUAGCACCGGUGGUCAGUGAGCCGGUAAAGAUGGGGGUUGAGGCGGCGGCUACGAGGGUUAACGAGCUGCCAAAACUUCCCGCGCUAGCUACCAUAUCGGACAACGGGUCGACCAAGGCGAAGAUUAAUGAGAUGAGAGCAAUUCGUCACAAGCCGAUGGUUUACAUUCCGAACCCGAUUGAUAAGAAUCUGUCGGAUACGUCGUCGACUAUCAACAACCUGAUUCAGAGCGUGCAGGCCAAGACCGGGUUCAUUGAUAAGGAUAAUGAUGUGCAAAUCGUUACGACGGCUGUCAAGAUGCCGCCGCUGGUUGCGACAAAGCCGGUGGUGACGGUUUCAAGCAUGAAACCACCCACGGUUAUUCCGUCGGUUAACAGUAGAAUCGUUGCGUCGAAUAGCAUUCCAAAGCCUCAGCAGAAGAUGUUUAGCCCACGGCACAGCCCCAGUUAUCCGCCACUUGCGCUGCAGAGUACCCCCAAGAAGGUGGCCGUCGCGGCGCCAAUCAGUAGUACAAACAUUUACCAGCCAAGAAAUUCAGUUCCUGUCGGCUUGAAGCGCUCGUCGAGCGUAGACAGUGGCUCCACCUACAAUCUACCGCCGAAGACCCCCCGGGUGGAUCACUUUGAGGCGGCCAAUCGACUGCAGAAGAAGCCCUGCUACGCGCCCAUGUUUAACUUUGUGAAAGGUGCCAGUCUGGCGAAGAAUGGAACCACCAACAGUAUGCCGACCUCGGCGAACGAUGUACCUUACAAAUCUCCAAUCAGUUCCACGUACACCAAGGAGAUUGCCACGAAAAAGUCUGUCCCCAGUUUACUACUACCUCCCUCGUCGAUAAGUGUGACCAAGAUGACCGAUGUGGCGCCCCAACCUGCCCGCAUUGACAAUCGGCCCGCGCUGGAAAUUGUCCGGAUACCGUCCACGGCACCGGUAGCGGACAAACCGCAGCCCAAAACAACCCGACCUCCUCCGCCAACCAUCCCACUCAUCAAAAUCAAAAAGUCCACCUCCCUGCCGGAACACCCGACCUCGCCGAUCUCACCCUCCGUGUUCCAGGUGACCAGUUCCAGCACUUCCGCGUCCACCAACCUCACCACCAGCUCCGCCUCCUCGCAGGACACCAGCGGCGGUGCACUAGACCUGACCACUCGCGCCAACGAUGAUUUGAUUAUCCUCGAAAGCAGUGACAGCCUAACCUCAAAACUGAACGGAAACGAUUCAAAACAACCCGCCAGCCGGCAACCCAGCAAACUCGACAACAGCCAGCUGGAGCUUAUCAACUCGCUGAUACAAUCAUCCGCGGCAUCCAUGAUAAAGGCCGGCCCCAGCAUGAUGGCCAAACUGGGCGGCAUCCCUGGCCUGAAACUCCCCGCGGACAUGAUUGGCUUCGCCAUCACCUCCUCCUCCCCCAACACCCCAAACCUUUCCACCAUCACCACCUCAACGACCAAAUCGAUGCCGAUGCCAAAGCUGGCGGAAAUCAGCAGUCGACCUACCCCGAAACUGGCCGCCGCCCGUCAGCCCAACCCCUCCGUCAGGAGCAUCCCGAACCCAUCGGCGCUCGCCUUCCGCAAUCAAACAAUCCCAUCCACCGUGACGUCACCGACGCGAGUUCUGAACGUCAACACCCUCAGUAGGCCGUCCAGUGACGUUAGCUUCAACAACAACAACAACAGCAGCAAUUUGCUCAACAACAAUAAAAAUGACGGCGUCAGCUCGACGACGACCGGCGGCAAAAAGACGAUUGAGAAAGUGGCCGCAGGACUGCGGGCGGCAGCGGCCACCGCGACGACGUCGCCGGCUAAUCAGUUUGCGGGAGGUAACCGGGUGAGUAGCAGCAAUGGCAAUAGUGCGGCGACGACGACCGCCAAUGGCGGUGGCAAAAACGGUGUAAACGUUGUCUAACGAUAAGAUUGCUUUGAGUUGGUCGAAGAAGGAUACAAAACCACAACAAACUAUUGAAAUGGAAAUGUCCCAACAGUAAAUGUUUCAACAAAAAGUGAAGAAGAAGCAAGCAAGACAUGCAAACUCGCUGAUUGAUUGACAGCUAUAUUAAAGGUGGCGGCCCGGCGAGAAUCGUGACAGCACGAAUCGCCGCGGCGGCCUCGAAUCAUCUGACACGAAAAAGUGGCGUCGAACAGAAAUGUUUUCUUUUGGUUUCUUAGGUUAACACACAUGCUAGUGAUUACUGCGACAUUGGUAGCGCUGUCAAAAGGUAUUGUCAUGUGACGCGAGAAGAAACGAUUCUCCAUUUUGUUUUGUUGCCUUUUUUCAUUCGUAAUUUUUUUGUGCUGCCACGUGACUUCAAUCAAAUGCCCCACUUAACACCCCUGCGUCGCUCUGAUGUUCGUUGCGGGGUAGGGUUGUGCAAUAAUUGUGCUGAGCAGCAGGGUACAAGCAAAAAAGACAGAAUCAAUUAGAAACAUUGUCGGAGUGUUUGGUAAGCACCUCUUUCCACCGAGGACUUGCAAUUAAGGGCAGCUCGGUGAUUACUUUCACGGGAAUGGAAGCGGUUCUAAAAACGGGUGGAAUUCAUUCGUUGAAUUAACGGUAUCAAAGCACGGAAGGGUUCGUUUUGAGUUGGGAUAGAAGUUUAUUGGAGACUUAGUGUGAUUGUGAUAUUUUCAAACUGAUUUGACUUUUUCAAAUAUUCUUUUAAAAAAUACAACUAAACUAAAAACGCUUCCAAUUGACAUGAAACCCUUAAUAUAAUUGGGAGUUCAAUCAACUGAAAGCAAAAGAAAAUUCAUUUUCCUUGGGGAAAAUUUCAUAUGUUUAACAGGUAAAGGAUUAAGUCCUAUUUCCGUACAAUUUACUAUUUCUCACUUUUUAAACAAAUAAAACUCCAUAACUCUUGAAUGAAACUUGUUUGCUCACUUUCUACUGAGCUCAAGACUAAGCUUUUUGUUUUUGUACUCGAUUUUGUUUUGUUUUUGUUCUCGAUUUAGUUGAAAACGUCUUUUAGAAGUUGUAAUGCUAACGAUAGGUGCUCGAUGAAAUUACAUGCUCUAGCCCUGUAUUGUUAUAAAGAGCAAAUUAAAAAAAGCCUAUUUUCAUGAUUCGGACGACCCUUGAUCUUCGAAAAACUUAACUGUUUAGGAAAUUUCAUGAUACAAACAUUUUAUAAGGCUGACAUUAACCAAGUCUAGCAUUUUAAAAGGGUCAAAUCCCACCUAAAAAAUUUCAAAACAUAGUAUAAUACAAUACAUUAAUACUUUUUAUGUAUUUUUUGUAAAAUCGGCUCCCGAGCUAUUUUUUGACAAUUUUGGCGUUUAUACCUUCCUCAAAAAAAAAUUAUUUGUAAAUAAAUAAUUUUAUUUAUUUUUUGGGAGAGUUGCCCAUCCUUCAUUACAACAAAAUAAUUGUGAGCAUGGAAAAAACGCAUGAAAAUAGCGCGUUUUCUUCAUUAAGUGUUUUUUUUUUCUUUUCAGAAACUCGUCGAAUUUCUUACAAAUUUGGCUUUGCUCUCUUUUUAACACGAUGCAACGGUUUUGAGGUACGGCAACAUGAAAAUAACGAGAUAUAACAAUAAUUCAAUAACUUAAAACCUUCUCAAAUGUCAUUCUCGAGAGCAAUGAGUUUAAGAUAACACGUUUAAAAAGUUCAAUUGAUAUCGGAGAAGGUCAAAGGUAUCUGAAAAUGGUCUAAACUCCUUUAACAGUCCAGCAAAAAUACCUGUAGAAGUGUUUUUAUUUCUGAAUAAAAUGAAAUAUAUCUGGUGUUAAAUUAUUUAAAAGAAUCAACGCGUGAUCCAUUUCGAUAUAAAAUGAAAAAUUUAUUGCAAUUAUUAGGAUACUCAACUUUUUUCAAGACAGUGGAAACUAAUUUUGAAAAUUCCAGGAAUUUCCAGAGAAGUUAUCAAAUCCCGCUUAUCAUACUUGAAAUCAUUUGAAUUUUUCAUUGUUGCAUGAAAAGAUGUUGAUUUAACAAAAAAAAAUAAAAUCAUUGCAAUUUUGGUCAACUUUUGUACCAUUUUUUCUAGAUAAUUAAUUCUUAUUUUGUUUUCUUCAUGCAAAGCGUUAUAAAUUUCAAUAAUUAUUCAGAAUAUUUCUAAAUUUACAAACUUUUUUAUGACUUAUUAAAUCAUUGCGUUAUUAAAUAAAGUAAAAUUACAGCUUAAAUGAAGAAAACCUUCACCUUUAACAAAACUAAAUUAAACAUAAAGUUUUAAUUUAUUUUAUGUUUUUGUUUUCAAUUUUUUAAAUGGACGCAUUAAAAUGCUUUUUCAUCUAAUCAAUCAAUUACAUUAUUUGAUUAAAGUUAUCAGAAACAAUUUGCUAUUUAUUGUAACUUUGAUCAUGUUUCCAAUUUAGAAAAAAGGGACUAAAUAUCUUCAUUGCCGGGAUACCGAAAUUCUCAAUAUUAAAAAUUGUCUGAGCAUUUUUUGCCGAGUUUCUACGGAAUAGAAACACGAAAAAACGUGUUUUUGAGAUCUUUGGAGGUUGUUUUCAAGAUUUGGUGGAACAAAACUUUGACGAAUAUUUGAAAAAGUUACUAAUAAUUGUAACAAUUCGAAAUUGAAUAAAAUUAAUCAUAUUUUAUCAUAAACUUAACACGGGAAAACAAUAAAAUUUUAUGCUAAAAAUUCCUUUCUGAAGACCAAAACGACCCUUCCCAGUGUAACACCCUGUGAAAUCACUCUCAGCAAAAAAAAAAUCUCCAAAUGACGCCACCAGCGCACAGUAAUUACUUCACUUCGCCAAAAGUCACGCAAAUCAUCGCCACCGCCGAGUGAAAGAUGCGAACAACAUUUUUCUGUCACGUGUGCGCGAAUCGUACAUGACUUUACCUUUGUUCAAUUUAGAGUGCGAGCUCGUUUGCAGUUUUUAAUUUAUGUUGUUUCUAUAGUGUAAAGGCUAUGCUUGAGGAUAGUUUAUUUAUUUGUCGCUUUAGGUUAACUAAAGAAAUUGUAAAUUUCUAUAAAUAAUGUUUUUAAAUCGAUAUUAUGACAGCAAAACAAGAUAAUAAUUUAUAUUCCGAAAGAGAAUUGUAUAGGCAGGAUUAGUGCUAGCAGGCCCCAAGUCAGUCUUUGUGAAUGUAAUUUAAGUGAACAUAUGCAAAAACUUACACCUAACACGUGUCUGUGUAUAAUAAUCGUACCCAGUAAAACACACACACACACUAUCUCUAAUAGCGCCUACAUGUGGCUGAAUGUCAGCAAUAAAACCUGAGUAUAUCACCUCUUCCCCCGUACUCUUACAAGAAAAUGAAGAAAAAAAUAGAUGUUGUGCAAUAGUAACCUGAAACUCAAACACACAAGCAUACAUACAAUAUAACCAACAAACAUACACACUUACUACUACUACUAGCGAGAGAGCGAGAGAAACAAGCAAAGAGAUAAAGUGAGGAGUGAGCGGGAGAGACGAACUUCAACCUUCAGCGACAGAACUUUCGGACUCAUCUCAAUGAGCACAAUUCGAUCGUUCUCCAAAUGAUGAUAUUUUAUUUCGAUUACUCUUUGCCGCGAUGUCUCCUCUCUCCCUCCCUCUCCCCUCCCCCCGAAGUCAUUCUCUCCGCCAAGGUUUUUUCUCUCCUUUCGGCGCGAGAAAAGAUGAAUGGACAAUUAUGAUGGGCAAUGAUUACGAUGAUCACGAUGAUGAUUGAAGUUGAUAUAAUGAAGAUAAAUCGUAAAUUGAAAAGAAGGAAAUCAAUCGGAAAGAGAGAGAACAAAAAACGGAACCAGAAAAUCUGGUACAAUGCAGAACGCGCUUGAAUAGAAAGAGAUUGUUCUCACGCGAAGACAGGCCAACAUAGAGACUAACACUUAAUUGAUUGGAGGGGGAAAUUAAAUUUCAAUUAAAGAGUUUUUGUUUUUUUUUCCUUCUAACACAUUCGCAAGUAACCUCGUCCUAAAAACAACUGAUAUUACCUUAUAGGCUCGAUUGUAUGAGUGGGAUUGUUUCUGUAUUAUACACACACACCUCUCACUGUAAGAUUUGACUACCAAAUUGAAAUCGUACUGAUUGUUUGUUUCCCUUUCGGCACCAUUCGUACAGUUUAAGUAAUUAUAAUUGAUAUUUAUUGUAUGAAAACCCCGGAAGGAAUAACUUAAUUUAAUUAGUUUAGGCACUUUUGGAAAUAAGUAAAAAUUGAACAAUAAGUUGAUAACACACUGGCAGUGUUUGUUUAGCGAAUGAUAUGUAUCCGUAUCUAGUGCAAUAAAUCAAUGAAGACAACAGUAGAGCAAAUAAAAACUGAUAAUCAAUAUUUAAAA